AUGGACCGAACAGUAAUCACAAACCCUAGUCUAAGGUCUCUGCGAUAUUCAGAUAUGGAGAUCGUCAGAGUAACGGAGUCAGUAAUCUGCAUCACCGGGGUUGGCAGUAGCACGACGUUCAGCAGUGAUCAAGCGGUCGGAGGUGGAGGUGGGUCAACCAUGAGUUCGUACCUCGGCAGUUGGAUGCCAUUGUUGUUGAAAUUAUUGUUUGAAAUUGGGAAGCGUGGCCAUUCACCAACCAGAUGGACCGAUCAAGUGAGGGACUCAUCGCUCUCAAAACUAUACACUGUCGUAAGAGACGCGCUGGACCGAAACCGGAGGAAGAGAAUAGUUCGCUUUCUUGCUGACCACGAAGAUCAGAGAUGA